AUGGAUAGAAGGAAGGAAUGCAUUGACAAGGAAUCGUAUGAGAUCAAAAGGGAUGAAACAGAAUCGCCAAUUGAUUCUAUAGAGAGCUUAAUUGAAGAGUUACCUGAAAAUAGUCCUAGAUACAUUGUAAUGUCUUUUCCCAUGAAAACUAAAGAUGGAAGAUUACAGACUCCCUUAGUUAUGUUGUAUUGGAUCCCACCAACAACUGGUCAAGCAAAUAGAAUGUUGUAUGCCGGAGCACUUGAACAGUUUAGAGACAAAGCCGGAGUAUCAAAGUAA